AUGUAUGAACAGUAUUGUAAAGUUUUCAUUUUUUGUUUGGUUGAACCAACUUUCCCAAAAUUGAAUACUAUCUUUUGUUUUGGGUUGUUGAUCAACUCAUGAAAAUUAAAAGCUCAGAUUUUCUGAUUCAUCAUCAAAGCUUUUCCACCUUGGUAUGAUUAAGGAAGCUUGGUUUCUGGACAAAACCUAGAAAAGUUGUCAGAUCAACAAUGUGGUUGGAGAUUAAAGCGUCAAGAUACGCCAGCUCUUGUCCUUUCCUCUCUCUCUUUCUGAAGUUUUAUAAGCUUGAGAAAACUGAUCUAGAGACCAUUCGCUUUAGUGUUUAACCUAUCUCUCUCUCUCGCCUUGCCUUGAAAGAUAUCCCAAAUAUUUUCUUCUUUCUCUUUUUUUUCUUUCUUCACAACCGUUUUGUCCGGCGAUCAAAACUAGUCCAGGCCAUGCUUUUAAGAGAAACCCUGUCUGAAUCUUGGCAUCAAAUAAACGUUUUGGAGCUAGUUUGAGGAUUACUUCUGCUUUGCAACUUGGGAGACUUUUUGUUUAUGGCUGUUGCCCUCCAGAGAAGUUUGGAAUUUAAGAAGUUCAGAAGAAUCUAAGCUUAUCCUGAUUGAUUAAGAAAGGAGCAUUUAAAAAAAAACUGAAUAAACCAUAAGAAAGCCAUGGCCAAGAAGAAAACUCGACGUCGUGCAGAUGCUGGACAGGAGAGGGAUCAUUUAGGUUGCAUGUGGGGAUUUAUGAAUAUGUUUACUUUCCGCCAUGGACCACUCUCUCACAAGCUCCUUUUCGAACCAAAGCAUGGUACUGCUGGAAGUCCUAGGAACAAUGAACUUGACAAGUCCAAAUGCCGUGGCAAAGGACCUGAAGAAACCCAUGUUGGUGAAGAACGCAAUGUCACGAUCACGAUUAUAAAGCCAAGUGUGAAGAAACUCAUAGCAGAAGAGUUGCUCAUCGACAAGGAAAUCAAGAAGCAGAGGGAGCAGAAUGCUGAAACAGGACAGUUGUCAGACUCUGAACUCGAAGGAAGAAGAAGGAAAAACCAUAGGAGAAAAAACAAGACUCGCAAGAACAGCUGCGGUGAUUUUAGCCAUCUUUUAAACACAGCUGCUGAAAGUGAAGAGCCUAAAGUUAAUCGCAGAGCAAAGAAGGGCUCUGAGAGAAGUCUUGACAUUGAUAAUAUGGUCGAAGAGUUCUGUUCUGAGUUACAUCGCAGAAGCCGUGCAAAGAAUGGGAUGUUGAACCACAAACACGGCCAAGAAGGUUAUAAAGAAAAGCUGAGGGAGUUGGUCAAGUUUUUAAUCAGUCAGAAGCUUUUACAUGGAGAAACUAGUGAAAUCCUUACAUCCAAGGACUUGAUGGAAGUGUUUCAGAUUCUUGGAUCAGAUGAGGAUUUGUUUCUCAAACUUCUGCAAGAUCCAGAGAUACUUGUGCCAAGACAGAAAGGAGAAGAAAGCUUGAGCUUGUUUGAGAGAACACAAGAAGUAGAGAAAGAAGCUUCAGACCAUAUUUUCAUACUGAAGCCAAGAUCAGCAAGCUUUUCACCUGAUUCUCAUUUGAUGAGAAACAAAAUAGAGAAGGAGAGAAACAGCAGUUCACAUUUCUUUCUUUCAGAGAUCAAGAGGAAGCUGAAACAAGCAAUCAGAAAGGAGCAGCGUGAGAGAGGGUUUCCUAAAAAUGUGCCAACUAAAGAUCAUUUCUUUCUCGAGCGGAUGGCAAAGCCUUCAUCAAAAUCUCAGAAGAACAAAAAUGAAGACGAUAGAAAGCAAAAGGUGUCUAACAUUUAUGUAGAGGCCAGGAAACAUCUGUCUGAGAUGUUAAUGUUAAACAAUGGAGAUGUAGAUUCAAACACAACGACCAGACAGAUUCAAAACAGCAGCCUGGGAAAUAUUCUCUCCCUUCCUGACUACUUGUCUCCUCUAAGCAGCCCAUGGGAAAAGAGAGAAACUCAUGUGAGCCUACCAAACCAUGCAAUAAAAAAUAAUGAUCUUGAGGAUGGAACUGCUAACACUGCAGCCAAUGUUUCAGGUUCUGAAGAUGAUGUAAUGAUUACCAAUGAGAUAGAUAUAGUUCCAGAGGAAGCAAUCCCUACUUUGGUUGGUGACUUACCCAGAGCUGAAGCUCAUGAUGAACAGAUAGAUGGUAUAAUCUCAAAACAGGCUUCUGAUGAAGAGAGACAACCACCAGUGUCUUCCUCUGUGGCAUCACCAUCUCACUGUUUAGCUAAAAGUGCGGAGGACUGCAAAUCAGCUAUUCCGGAAUGGUCAAGCCCAGUAUCAGUUCUUGAGCCACUCUUCAUUGAAGAUGAUAUAAGCCCACCAAAAAUGCGAUCUCAGUCUGAUGAAGAAGAAGCACAAGUGCAACCAUGGUGUAUCCACUUCGAUGAUAAAGAAUAUUCUGUCAAAACCAUCACAAGUGACAAAGAAGUGGUGUUCAAGUACGUAAGAUCUGUCUUGGACGCUGUUGUCUCGGAUUUUGAAGAGCUCUAUCUCAAGGCGCAAUUCUCUGACCAGCUUCUUGAACCGUCACUGAUCAGCAACAUACCAUUCUCUCCAAACCAGCUUUGUCAUGACCAUGAGCUCCUCUUUGACUGCAUCAACGAAGUUAUCAUGGAGCUCUGCUGUUGCCCUCCAUGGGCUUCGUUUGUUGCACCAAGAACCCGAGUCUUCUCUACCGUCAAAAGCAUCGUUCACGAGGUUCAAGAAACGGUCUACUGGCAUCUCUUGCCAUUGCCACUCCCUCACGCGCUGGAUCAAAUAGUUAGGAAAGAUUUGGCUAAACCUGGAAACUGGUUAGACAUCAGAUGUGACAUUGACUGCAUUGGCUUUGAAACUAGUGAACUGAUUCUCGAGGAAUUACUUGAAGAGCUGCUCACUCUAAACUGCCUCAACAACGCUGAACACUCUCUGGUUUUAGCUGAGUUUGAAGACUGAUGAGAGCAUCCUUGUUUUAUAAAAGGUCAUGAAAAGUGAAAACUCUCACCAUUGUUAACUUUCAUUAGCGCAUAACCAUGUAGAUACUUUGUAUUACUUAAUAACUCUCAUAGAGCUGCGACGGUUGAGAGAGAGAGAAGAGAUCCUUUUAAGAUCAGCCUGGAGACUGUUUGUGGUGGGGCCAUUAUAGAAUCACUUUCAAAGACAGGACCAUUGCCAUUGGUCUCUUCUUCUUUUAGGGUAUAUAAUAUAUCUAGAAUAUAUUUAUUUGUAAUUUGAGUGUUUGUGUGUUUGUAUGUUGAGAUGCAGAUAGAUGUGGUAGUGUUUCGUUCUCGUUGAUUUAUUUGUGUGUAAUAUUUUCAGAAGUUGACAUAACAAGGUAUCAUUGAUUAAGAGUGUGA